CGUGCAUCCACGACAGGGAUGCUUCGCGUUGCCACUUUCGGACGUGCGCAUCGCUAGACGUCAAGCACAAUGCAGCCUAAACUUCUGCGGUCUUCUGACCGAAGAGCUUGUCAGGCAGCAUGCGAGGACUGCCAGAGCAGCGCACUUCGCAGCCGUCACGCCGCCGGCAUGUGCUCGCAUGUGCUGGCAUCAUCUCACUCGCCUUUGGUCUUCUCUUGACUAUAUCAGGAGCGGAUGAUGCCCCGGAGACGAGGCCAGCUACUCCUUGGCAAUGGGUCUCGGCGGGUGCGGCACUGAUGCGACAAGAAAUAGACAUCACCGACCUGCUGGAUGUGCAUGCUUGGCGACUGUCAAUUCCUGGGCACAGAUAUGCUCAAGGUAGGGCCACGCAAGUUGACAUGGUCAGCUUUCUCGAGUCGCAAGUCGGUCGACCGCGCAAAGGGCGCCCAAUCUGGACGGUCAUCGGAGGCGGGUUCUAUCUCAGAGAGGUCGUGCCUCAAUUGGUGGCCUAUCUGGAUGCUUUGAAGCGUCCUGAUCGUACAGAUUCCUUCAAGCGGCCUCCAGGUCCGAAGCUCGGCGGCGAGCCUGAUCAGGUCUUCCGGAAGCUUAGCGCGGCUGACACCCCUCGGCCAAGCCUCCUUGUCCUCUGUCUUGAUGAGGCUUGUAUGUCAACUUGCGCUCUUUCUGGUUUGAUGUGUUACAUAUUCGACAAGAUAGAAGAUCUCCCGGAGCGAUAUCGAGAAAGCAGGCGAAACAACGAGAUCGAGUAUCGUUCGAUCGGCUGGCAAAAGUCUCGGGCGCUCAGCGAUUUGGCCCGCGCCGGCUACUCAGCAAUCUGUUCCGACCUCGAUGUCUUUUUCCAAGGUAACAUCUUUGAGUAUCUACACGACAUCGACAACGGCAGGUUUGAUAUUCAGAUGCAAGAUGAAGGCGGCGAUUCACUCAACAUCGGCUUCUUUGCACAGCGUGGCACAGAAGCGGUCGCCGAUCUAUGGCAGUCCAUAGCGCAUCAAGUAUCUGAAGACGACGCUUGGGAUCAGCCGGCGGUCAACGAGUACCUGGGCGCUGCUGAACUGCGCACCGGCAAUCAUACCUUCUGGCCUCCUCUUAGCUCGUUCACUGGCUUGACAGGUCUCCAAGUCUAUGUCAUCGACAAAGCCCGCGUCUGGGGACGAACGAUGGGGUGGACUCCUCCGGCCAGCGUAGUUGCGCUGCAUCUCACUUGCACUGGGAAGAAGGAACUCAAAGUUUACGAUGCAAAGGAGAGCGCAUUCUGGCAGGAUGUUGAUCACUACUACACAGACCCGCCCAGGAUUCUGACUAUCGGCGCACUAGCCGGCGACGGAGAGGCGGUCUCGCGACAGCUCAAGGUCAUGCUUGCCCUGGCGAAUGCCACAGACCGAGCAUUUGUACCCCCUUCGCAGAUCUACAUCACAUCCGAUCUCCCUGGUCUAUCAGAUGCCGAGUUUCACCAUUUCGAGAAAGCUGGGAAAUGGCCACCCACGCGAGCGCAGAGAUUAGCCGAUGCAGACAAGACCGAUUUUGAACUGCUGAAGAAGCCUGCUGUCUAUCAUCGGCGUUUUGCUUCGACAGUCGAUAUCGUCAAACUCUUUAACCAAAGCGCUGUCACCAUUUUCGAGCCGUCUUACCUUCGCAACGCAUUGCAUUACUCUGACGGUGAUGCAUCUCGCCUCAGGCAACGGCAUCUCGACAGUAUGCUCCUGCAUAGCUACCAGCACACGCUCGAAACGCUCAGUAGCGAACCGUAUCUUUCAGCACCAGUAGUCACAAUUAUGGAUCAUAACAAUAUCGACCGCUUCGAGGCACCAGAAGGAGCUACAGAUGUACCGAUGUGUCGAGCGAUUGAGACGGUUCAGGGCUGUGGGACGCUCUGUUUGUAAUCAGUCGGUAGCGAUAGGCUACAGCUGGGUGAGGCUGGUCCCACCCGGAUAAAUGUUGUAUGCAACGAGUGGACAUUGGACAUUAAUAGCUGGCAAAUAUC